AUGGCAGGUCAUUCUCAUUCAGCCAACAUUAAACAUCGAAAAGAUCGGCAAGACAGUGUCCGCAGCCAACUUUUUCUGAAAGUGCGGAAAAAAAUUGAAAACAUUAUUCGGGAAGAGCACGAAGUCAACGAAAAAUCUUUAAGUAUUGCCCGGGAAAAUAAAUUCCCCAAAGAAAAA